CAUAAAACGAAAUCUUUAUUAAGUUUAUAGAUCUAGAAUCUAUGACAGAAUCUAAUUCUUAUCUACUUUUAUCUAGCCAUAGUCUAGACUACAUCUAGAUCUCAUUUAGAUCUAUUCUAGAAUUUUUUCUUCCCACAUCUAGUCUAUAUAAAUUAGAUUAUAUUUAUUUCAGAUAAUCAGAGUCACACACGUUCAUCAAGGACAAGCUUCUGAUCAAAUAUUAACCAGAUGGAUGAAGAAUUAGAUACAAUGGAGGACCUCCAAGAAGAGUUAUCUCACAUACCUUUAAGUGAAUUAAAGGAAAUGCAAGAAAAGCUUGGACUCAAAAAGUUUAAUACAAUGAAGCAUGGUUUGCCCAUAAAGAAAACAGAGAUAAAAACAUUUAAAAGAGAAAACAAAAACAGACCAACUGAGCUCUCAGCUAGAAGACCAGUCCCCAAACAGCAAUUUGCUCCUAAACCAAAGUUGUCAAGAGACCCAAGAUUUGAUGAUUUGUCUGGGGAAUUCCAAGAACAUAUUUUUAAACAAACCUAUGGGUUUCUCACAGAAGUGAAAGCAAAAGAAAAAAUGAAACUGAAGAAGCUUAUCAAACAGACCAAAGAUGUACAAAAAAAAUCAGAACUCAAACAACUUUACACUAGAUUGCAACAGAAAGAAAUAGCGGAGCAAAAGAAAGCCAAAAAGGAACAGCUGGAAAAGGAAUGGAGAAAGAAGGAACUAGAAAAAGUGAAAGAAGGCAAAAAGGCAUACUUUUUAAAGAAGUCUGAGAAAAAAGCUUUAUUGGAAACAGAAAUGAAAAAAGAAUUGGAACAAUCCGGGAAUAUGCAGAAAUAUUUGCAGAGAAAAAAUAAAAAGUUGGCUGCCAAAGAGAAAAGAAAAAGUGAAUGGACCACUAAGGACUUCUGACCCAAUUGUUACUUUUGUUCAAAUAAAUGUUUGUAUAUACACACACACAAA